AUGGCUCUGUUGAAACUUCCCUCAGUGGCGGAUUUGGAUUCAACCUAUGCCUGCGACGAUAAACCGUACAUUUUUGAAAACCCCGAUGAUUUGCCAGUGGAAACACUCAUAAACCACAUUUUGCCACUUCCUCAAGAGCAUUGCUCGAGAUCCGUCCGAGUGCCCGGAACUUCGCAGCCUGGAUACUCGGAAAUAUUCAGAAACGGUGCUUUUCCCAACGGGUUAAAGUCGUCCAUUGUUCCUCAAUUGAACACUUAUCACGAGAUUUUCAAGUCUGGAGUAGAGAGACACUCGACUGCAACGUGUUUGGCCUUUCACGAGUACGAUUAUGAAAACGAACAGCACUUGGAAAGGUACAAUACCAUAACUUAUGCCGAGGUGAAUAAACGCAAAACCAACCUUGGGGACGGAUUGCUAUUCCUUUUGAACAACAACAAUUUUCUCGACGCUUCUUUGGCAUCACACCAAAAGAUCAUCAACCACGAAAGAGAUUAUCAAAAAUAUGACAAGGACGAUUUUUCAUUCAUUGCCACUUUUUACUCGGGAAACAGAGUAGAGUGGAUCAUCUCUGAUUUGGCAUGCAGUAGCAACACCAUCACUUCUACUGCCUUGUAUGACACCUUGGGUCCCGGAGCCUCCGUGUUUAUCCUCGAGUCAACCGAGUCGCCAGUGGUUAUCUCGUCAAAAAGCAAGAUCCAACAAUUGAUCAACUUGAAGCGCGACAACCCGGAUAAAUUGAAAAACUUGAUCAUGUUGGUAUCGAUGGAUCCUUUGGCUCCAAAAGACGGGCACUUGUUCAAGCAAGCGGAAUCAAGCGGCAUCAAGAUUUACGAUUUCAAACAAGUCGAAGGUGUUGGAGCCGUGUUCCCAAGAAAAGGAACUCCACCUAACCCAGAUUCGGUCUUUACCAUAACAUUCACCUCGGGAACCACUGGUGCCAACCCCAAGGGAGUCGUGCUAACCCAACGCUCCGUUGCCACGGCUAUUAGCACAGCCACGGUUCUUUUGCCUCAUAGCAGCAAGAGCAAAGAGUUUGCCUUUUUGCCCCUUGCCCACAUUUUCGAAAGACAAAUGUCUGCUGCCAACUUCAUAUACGGCGGAUCGGUGGCACUUCCAAGGUUAGGCGGGACCCCACUCACGUUGUUUCAAGAUUUGAAAUUGUGGAAACCAACAAUCUUGGCCAAUGUGCCACGUAUCUUCUCCAAAAUAGAAGCAACUUUGAAACAGAUUACCAAAAAUGCCGACCCAACUCAGUUUGACGGUGCCACUAGAAAGAAAUUGCGUGCAGCUAUCGGCUUUGACGAGAUAGAACGUUGCUUCACUGGUGGUGCACCAAUCGCUGCCGAUACCGUGCGAUACUUGAAAGAUGCCUUGGGGAUGGGCUUCACGCAAGGUUACGGUUUGAGUGAAUCUUUCGCUGGGAUGCUCAUGGCGAUGCCAUUCCAUGCGCCAAGUGUAG